AUGAUCUUUUUUUUGAGAUUACUCAAAGCUCAAAUGCUGAAGAGUAAACUGAAAAACUAUAUCGAAACAAGGAAGUAUUCCAUUAAAGAAGAAGAAAGAAAGCAUAACUGGUGUAGCAAGUGCUGCAAUUGGUGGAAAAAAAAAUGUCCAUGUUGCUUUAGUGAUCCCUCCAAGGUAAAAACUAGUUAUAGUAAGUAUGAGAAGUUCAGGAUAUCACUUUUCACUCAGGGGACCUAUGAAAAUUAUAUUUUGAAAAGUAUAAUUGGAUUUCUCAGUGGAGUUUUAUUGACGUAUCUAUUUUUCAUCUUCUUUAUACUCCAGUUAAAUUUUCCAUUAGGAUCUGCUACUACAAUGUGCUCAAUUUUUGGUUUGAUUUUAAGCCUGGGUUUGGCUUAUUCUUAUAAAAUUAGAUGUAUAGUUUUUUUGCUGUUGCCCCAAUUUUUCAGUAAACGUGGUCGCCAAGCACUAGUAGCUUAUGCAUUUAUUUUAGCAUUGACUGGGCCUGCAAAGAAUACAUUACAUAAUAUGAGGGUUCUCUCUGAAACAAUGGCUUGCGGGCAGGGGAAGCUAAAGGCAGCAGUCAAAAGCCUAAUAGAUCUGAUUAAGAAACCAUUCUAUGCAAUCAAAGACUCUAUGAAACAAAUAAUGGAAAAAAUCAAAGUUGUUGUUGAAAAAGUUAAAGAAAUAAUUACUACUUUAAAGAGGAUUGUCAAAUCUGUCAUUGGAGUCAUUAAAUCUGCCUACGAGUGGUUGAAUAGUGUUGUUUCAAUGUGUGGUAAAAAACUUGGUACACCUUUUGAGAGAUGUGAGAAGGCAUUUGGUCAAGCUUAUGACAGCUGUAUAGAAACAGUUCCAGUGUUCUUUGAUGUAUUAUGCAAAGUUACAGAUUUUGUCCAAGGUGUUUGUUAUAUUGUAAAGCCAGUUGAUUACAUUUGUGAGUUAUUUGACUUUGUUAGUGAUGAAAUUGUCAACUUUGUUAAAAAAAAGCUAACUGAAUUCUCCAGUCAAGUGAAAAAUAUUUUUUAUGUAUCAGUAAAAUUCAGUCACAAUUUUGAAUUCCAUACAGAACAGUCCAAAAGUGUUAAAGAAAUAGCUGCUAACAUAAUGAUGGAAGUGAAACAGAGAUCAGAAAAAAUUGUUUAUUUCUUUGAUUGGAUGAGUUUUGUAUUCAGUUUCUUUUUCCUAUAUAUGUUGUUCCAGUGA